UCUUCAGGUGUUUCUGGUGUUGAUACAGACAGAGUGCCAGUGAAGGAGGGAGAUUCAGUCACUCUACACACUGGGGUUAAAACAAACCAACAAGAGAGAAUUAGAUGGUAUUUCAAUGACACUCGCAUCGCUCAAAUCACUGGAGAUCUCAGGAAGAUCUGUACAGAUGUUCAGUGUAAUGAAGGUACUGAGAGAUUCAGAGACAGACUGAAGCUGGAUCAUCAGACUGGAUCUCUGACCAUCAUGAACAUCAGAAUCACAGACUCAGGAGUCUAUAAACUUCUGAUAACCAGCAGCAACUUCGACAUUGAAAAGAUCUUCAGUGUUAUUGUAGAUGAUGUUCCUGCUGCUGGAGGACAUGAAAUGAAGAGAAAAACAGUGAAGGAGGGAGAAUCUCUAACUUUACAUUCAGAUGGAGUAAAACAAACUAAUGAUUUAAAGAUGUGGUAUUUUAAAACCAUUCUCAUUAUUGAAAUCACUGGAGAUCAGAGUAAGAUCUGUACAGUUGAUCAGUGUAAAGAGAGAUUCAGAGACAGACUGAAGCUGGACAAUCAGACUGGAUCUCUGACCAUCAUGAACACAAGGACCACAGACUCUGGAGAUUAUAAACUUAAGAUCAACAGUAGAGGAUUCAGCAUCAUAAAGACAUUCAGUGUUACUGUCACUUGUGAGUAUCAUUUUAGUCAUUAA